GUGGUCUCACUGGCAAAGCCUCAAUCUUCCCUGGGGACUUGAGAGGUGUCAAGAGAUUUUUGGCCAGUACGCCACAACUCUAGGUGAAGGUCAUGAUACUAGUGAAGCACGCGAUGCCUUGCGCCUCGCUAUUGUGACUGGCUGCCCAGGAUUUUUGCAGGCAACCGACGUUGCAUUGAUCUGGGAUGGUGUUUUCGACUGGAAGGAGGACUCGCGUACCAUGGACGACUUUAAUUGGCUUUGUGGACUUCCUGGUACACUUCCGGAAGUCCGAAACGAGGGACUUCGAUGCCAUGGGAGAUGCGCUGCUCGCAUUGAGUGCCAUGCGGGAUCUGGGAAGUGACACCAGACGUGACAAUUACCUUGACGCCAUCAUCUUCGCCAUGGAAGCAGAUAAACCAUCCCGGCUUCGUCACACGGCCCUUCGAGCUAUGUUCGAUGCCCGUUUUAAACUAGUGGAGAUAGUUGAGAAGGAGAAGGGAGAAUUUCGGGAGAAAUUAUUAAAGGAGCUCGCGCCAGCUCUCUUCACCACAACCAAACCUAUUGCGCCACAGCGCUCUGACGAUGAUGAUCCAGACACGGUCUUUAAUCCCAGACGUGACGACUGCUAUCUACGACUAAUUCUCACUCUGGCAAAGCAACGUGAUUGGCGUGCUCAUUUAGUGACAGCCGGUCACAUAGAGCGAUGCACAUCUCUGCUAGACCACGUCAUCAUGAACUCGACGUUGUCCGUCACAACUCAUUCUUACUAUCUUGCAGCCAUAUUGAUACGGAUGAACCCCUCGGGCGUUUAUCGAAGCUCGUUAAGGCGGGCUACCCUGACCUCUGCUCUGGAUUCUGAACCUACGAACAAGGAAGAAUGUCGUCUCACUACAAACCUUGCAGGCAACCUCCCCGCAGCCCCAGAGGUUCUUGCUCCACCGGGCUUUCCGGACAAUGUAUCCGAGAAGGAAUGGUGGGAUCUGCUCAAAGGAGCAUGGUGGGCGAUGCGUUGGAAUGACCUCUACCUCGAGACAGAAGCAGCUGAGGCACUACCUGGCAUUGUCACAUACACUCUCGAUCUCCUGGAAACACCGAGCGCUCGAUAUGAUACGGGGGGCCUCGUUCGAUCGGUGGAUCGGAUAUACGAGAUGCUCGAUAAAGAUGAAGCGAAGUCGGAAGUUUGUCGCUCUAUUACGUAGCGAGGCACGAGCGGAGGAAAUAGAGCUAAGUCUUUGAGCGAACGGUAAGCGAGACGUUAGCACUUCUUGCUUCUGCGCCACGACGAACCGUUCACAUCGUGCACUUCGUCGACACAGC